UGUCUUUAUUGGUUAAUCUCUUCUAUUAGAAUGAUAGAAUUUCGGAGGAAAACGUCUAAAUAGGGACAGGUAGACUAAAAGUAACAUAGCCUGUGGAAGUGGCUAUACUUGUUGUUUUUAGACUUGGAGAAGAUAUGGGAGGAGCAAAAAAGUUUUCAUCUAGCCAACCUCAAGAAAGUAGCGAAAAUUUAUAAUUUGUAGCCGACCCAAAAUUGUGAGGAUUGGCUGCCAUAAAAUAGGGGCCGGGCUGGGCCUCUACAAAGUCAGUUCGUUUGACACAUCUAGCUAUUCAUUAUGCAAUCAAUGUGGAUCCAAUGCAUGCUUAAGAAAUCACCUUUUGUUCCAGAGUAGCUAAGUAGUAGAAUAGUUCACUCCGAACGACAUUUCAACAUAGUUGAGAUUUUUCCUCAGAUUAUAAAAUUAAGAAUGGUUCAUUUUUCUUUAUUAAUUAAUGUGGGGAAGCAAUAAUGCUGCUUUUAAGGUCGUGGACUUGAUUGCUCAAAUAAUGAUCGUCAACUGUCAUAAAAGGUGAAUAAUGCAGGUAUAACUGGAGUAAGUGUAGAGGGAGAUGUCUUAGUAGUUAAAGAUAUAAUUGAGGCAGAUGGAGUUUCAAUUCCUGAUGACACCAAGCCACAAGAAGCUCAUAUCACAGCAAAUGGAAAACUUGUUCAGACAUAUGAAUGGGCAGAAAAAUGUUUGCAAACUAACUAUUAUGGUACAAAGAGAAUGAUUGAAGCAUUUAUUCCACUCUUAAGGUUGUCCGAUACACCAAGGAUUGUGAAUGUGUCUUCUCUCAUGGGUGCAUUGAAGUUUCAGUCCAAUGAAUGGGCAAAACAAGUGCUAAGCAAUGCAGAAGAACUCACAGAAGAUAAAGUAGAUAAUGUGCUCAACAAGUUUCUUCAAGACUUCAAAGAAAACUCAUUGAAAGUCAAUGGCUGGCCGGAAUAUGUACCUGCAUACAGAUUGUCGAAGUCUGCUAUUAAUGCCUAUACAAGGAUUAUUGCCAAAAAAUACCCUAAUUUCUACAUCAACUGCGUGUGUCCUGGAUAUGUGAAAACUGAUAUAAAUGCCAAUACUGGUUCAUUGACUGUUGAAGAGGGUGCAGAUAGUCUGUUGAAGCUGGCAAUGCUGCCGGAUGGGUGGGCCUCGCCCCCAUCUGGAUUGUUCUUUUCCAGGCAGAAUGUAUCUGCCUUCUGAUAGUUUGGUCCUUUCAAAUAUUAUAUUUCUCGAGUAACUGUAUGGGGUUUGAAUUGAAUAAAGAUUUAUGUAUUCAUGAUAUUGGUAAUGGAUUUCCUACAAAAUUUUAUCCCUAAAAUUAUUUAUUCCC